CACUUCCGGUUAGGUCAUGGUACACGUCACGACUGUCUGCUGCUCCACGUCAACUCUGGCGAGAUCUGCAGAAAUAUUGACAAAUAACUUCUGAAAUUCACCGAGCUUGCAGCUGGACUGAAAGCCCGAUUCAUCACACAACUCGAGAGGAUCUCCUGCUGGACAGUGGUAGUUAAAAUAACUGCAAUAGAUUAUAUUUUAUAUCUGUUUUCGUAAAUUUGUAACCGUCCAAAAUGAAAAAGUCGCUGAUUGUGUGCAUGUACCUGGCGCUGUUGAUCGCCGUAACUCUCGCCAAGCCCGCGGAGAACAACCGGGUGAAAGAAGAGGCGAAGCUGAGCGACCAAGAACAUUUCGGAGGAAACGAACACAACCCAGAUUAUGAUCAUGAUGCUUUCCUUGGUCAUGAAGAUGCAAAGACAUUCGAUAAUCUCAGUCCAGAAGAAAGCAGAAACAGGCUCGGGAAAAUUGUUGAGAAGAUUGAUGCAGACAAGGAUGGAUUUGUCACGGAAGAAGAAUUGAAAGAUUGGAUCGUCUUACAACAGAGGCAAGCCAUCGACAGGGAUGUUACAGAGCGCUGGGUUUCUGUCGACUCGAAUAAGGACAAAAAGGUGGAGUGGAGUGAAUUCAUGCGAGGGACUUAUGGAGCAGAUGAACAACAAUUAGAGGAAGAGCUUUCAAGAAUGCAAGAGAAUGAACACAUGGACUUCAGCACUAUGAUCCGACGUGACAAGAAGAGAUGGAAGGUCGCUGAUAUCGACGGUGACGGUGAUCUGACCUACGAAGAGUUUGUCGGAUUUCUACAUCCCGAGGAGAAGGGUCAUAUGAGGGAGAUCGUCGUCGAGGAAACCAUGGAGGAUAUUGAUCAGAAUGGAGAUGGUUUUGUUGACAUUGAUGAAUACAUUGGUGACAUGUGGCCUAAGAGUGAGCGCGAGAAGGGCGGUGCAGAGCCUGAUUGGGUGCAGACUGAGCGUGAGCAGUUCUUUGCUUUCCGCGACAAGGAUGGCGAUCAUAAGAUGGACAAAGAAGAGAUAGGUCAGUGGAUCCUCCCGCAAGACUAUGACCACGCCCAAGCCGAAGCUCAACAUUUAGUAAUGGAAUCAGAUGCUGAUCACGACAAGAGGCUGACAAAAGCUGAAAUCCUUGAUAAAUACGACCUCUUCGUGGGAAGCCAGGCGACAGACUUCGGCGAAGCUCUGACCAGACAUGACGAGUUUUAAUUUUUGCUCCAUCUUGCCUUCCUCUAAGACUAGUCUAUGCAUGUCAAAAAAACAAUGAAAGAAACCAGAGGUAUUAACUCCUCAAAAUUUACAUGUAUGCCCUUCUGCCAGGAAUAUCAAAGUGAAUAGAGAUGACUACAGUGCUAUGGUUGGUUAUUGGUGAAAGGUAGCAAGUGACAUUUGAAAGUUAUGCUCUUUAAAUGAUUGCUUGGAGAAAGCUUCUCUAUGGAUGCCCAUCUCUUCAUAUUAUGGAGUUAUGCCCUUUUUGUGACAGCCAUGGAAUGCAUUGCAAGAUGCUGUAAUAAUCCACAUGUUGCAGACAUAAGGAAGCAAGUAGAAUAUGCUCAGUUUUCACAUUUUCAGGCUGGAGAUAUACAACUACGAAGAGACUUGUGCACCAUCUGAUUUAGAGCAUUCAUCCAUUCUACUUCAGAAAAAUGUGUGUUGUCAAUUAGUUCUACUUAAAUGCAGCAAAUAUGAAAAAAUCAAAGAAUGACACCACAAGGGCUCUGUAACAUAAGGCUUAGUUAUCAAGGUUUAUUCUUCUGAUUAAACAUUCACAAUAAUCAAUGUCUCUGGAUUAAACAAAAAUGAAGUGGAUCGAGGUGUUUCCCAAGAAGUUUAUGGUUAAGAUUUGAAGGUUGUCAAAUUUGGCUGUCUGCAUUGAAUAACUUGUGAUGAAAAGGAUGUGUUAGCUGCAAUCAGAUUUGAUUUGCUUUGUUUGUUAAUGAAAGAUAUAUCUUAGUAGAAAGCUGUACAAGAGUUCAAUAUCCUUUUGCCUUGAAAAAACUUGAAAACAAAUUAGGAAGAGAAGUUAUCUCUGGAAUCUUUCAAGUAGUUAAUAGAUAAUCAUGUAGAUAAUACAGAUUUGUAUUUUUUAGGAAAUAUUAAUUAUAGAAAUGUAUAUUUUGUGUCACAAUUUAUUCUACCAUCAAAUUCGUGCUUGUGAUGAUUAGUAAUAGAGGUGUAGAUUGUUGCCAUUUUUCAGAAAAAAAUCAUUUUGAAUAUUAAAACAGGUAACAUCUUGCACAUCUUUGUGAUCAACCUGAGGAAAUACUAUUUUACAUUUUGAUUCCCAUAGCAAUAGAAAACUCAAGUUGUAUGAUGAUUUUGAUCAUUUAAAAAUUACAUAGAUCUCUACUCAUUUUUGAUCGGCAGAAAUCACCAUCACUGCAUCAUGUAUUACGAUUCAAAACACAUUUUUUGUAACCUAUUUAUUUUUAUCUUUUAUAGUCAUGAACUUGCAUGAUUUGUUUUAUUUUUUUUUGUAACUGUUGAUGCAAAUUACCCGUGUGCAUAUUUGUUUUGCUCUCUGUACAAACUGAGACUUAUAUUUUAUGUUCCUUUUUGUGAUAACAUUUUCUUUUAUACAUGUUUGUUUUUGCACUCUUUCAUGAAACUGUGUUUUGUUAUUUCGAUGUAUUUAGAUUUAUUUAUGGUAUGUUUUAUUUUUCAUAACUCAUUUCUUCCUUAACACUUCAAUUUUUUUUCUCUCUUUUUUGGACGACUUAGUGAACUAGAGCAUUUGACAAUCAGGAGUGCAUCAUAUAUAGUUUGCAUUGAAACUUAUUCAUUGUGCUUAGAAAAAUGUAUUUGUUUUUUAAAUUUAUUUUACUAACUUUGUUCACAAUUUCAAUCUCAUGUUACCUCUGAAGUUUGCAUCUUUAGCACUGCCCUUCCUCUUUUCCAGAGAUAUGUUAAUGGAAUUUAAUUUACAAGUACUUGACAACAAUAUGUCCGUCCAACAUUUUUAUUUUGUCUUUUGUGUAACUGCCCCAGCAAAUUCCAAACAAUAUGAAUCGAGACCUGAUCACCUAAAAAGCAAGAAUAUUUCAUGCAGUCCCAUCUAUUUGAUUUGAAGUUAUAGUCAUGAAUGACAAGCGUAAGUUUAGACACAAAAAUACUGUUUACUUUGUUAUUUUAUUCCACAGAUGAAUAAUACUGAUUACAAUAGAUGGUUUGGAAUUACAUAUUUGUAACAUGAAUUUUGGACAUGGGAAUAUUGUGGUGGAAGCAAAUGACCUGGUCAAAAAAGAAAAAUAAUGAACAAUAUCAGCUGCUCGCCAGUCCCUGCUGGCAAAAGGAAAAAGUUAUGAAAAUGAUAGCUUUUUGUUUUUAUUUUUGAUUGGACAUUUUCUAUGCAAAAAACUUGCCAAAAUAUUCUUCAUAUUUUUUUGUACAUAGGCACUGCUAUUGGAACCAUUUUCAGACCAAGGCCCUCUGACAUAAAAGAUAAGAGCAAUUGUAUGAUUGAUUGUAUAAUGGAAAAUCAUGUAUUAAAAUUAAGAUUGAUUGUAAAUUUCAUAUUUCUUUACAUAACAGGGCCCUGCGAAAUUGUUAGUCUAACAGCAAUCUCAAAACGUAUCUCAUAAAAUUGGUUUUAGGUGCUGUUUCACAUGUUAAACUUCCGAUAAAUGACAUAUUGUUCAAUUUUAUUUUGCUUUAUGUUCAAUGAAAGGAAAGAGUUAAAUAUAAUUUCAGGUCUGGAAAUGGUCUCUGUCACAAACAAAAUAUUUUAUUUCUUUUGAAAUGUUACCGACUAUUAGAAUCUUAUUGUUGACUUGAUUGUCAAUGAUAUCAAAAUUACAAUAUGCAAGAUGGUAUAAUUGUGUUUUUAUUUUGUUAAAAUAUCAGUGAUUUAUGACGUGUGAGCUAAUCGUGUAGAAAAUCAUGUAAUUGAUAUUAUGAUGUAGAGUUUACUGCAUGUUGGUUACUUUUUUUUACUAAUAAAUGUAUAGGGAACAGCAUUCUUUCAUGUUUAAGAAGUAUGAGAACCAUAAAAACUAUACUCUAUUCGGAUGUACUGGUAUGCUUACCACUAGAAAUUAUUGGUGAGGUCCAUGCUGAAAAAAUGAACUCUGUUUUACACCUCAAAGUCAGACCAGCUGCAAUUUAUGCAUAUAUUUCCAUACUUAUGGGAAUGAUCGAAAGAUUUUUCUUUUCCUUUUAUAUUUAAAGAAUGAAGACUAAUUUCAUUAAUCUUAUCCAUUACUUUAGUGAUGAGUAACUUUACGGGUGCUAUACAUUAUUGGACAUACAUGUAUGUAGAAGGGGAUAGAGAGUGAGGAGGGGGGGGGGGGGGGAGUAUAUUGAUAUUUGAUUAGGGAGUUUUACUUAGCUAUAAUCUCUGUGCUAUUAUCAACUCAAGCAUGUAUCAUAAAUAUCGAGAAUAAACUAAUCAUGUUUGAAGUGAAACAUUUCAUAA